AUGAUUAUUCAAGAUGGCAAUAUUGUUAAAGUGAGUAAUAAUUUUCAUUUUUUUAAUUAACAUACGAAAUAUUUAUUGGAAUGUAUUUUUAAAUGGUAAUUAUAUGUAUUACCGAAGCUUUCUUUACGUUUUCUUAUAUUGUAAUUCUUAUGGUUUUUGUAUUAAAACGAUAGCAACGAUAACAAAAUAUUUUAGGCCGAAGGAGAUUUAGCGAAUUCGGAGCGUGUAGCCGGACUAGUCCAACGAAUCGCAUUGGUUGGCGGAGGUAUGGAAUUAUCUAAAGAUGGUGCUGGCUUCGAAUCCUUGGUUUUGGCGUUCCCUUCGUAUCAAUUGGUGAUUACAAGGUCCGAUCAACAACUUGUCGUAGUCAAAAAAGCGGCCGAAGCGGGUACAGACGAAUUGCUAACACAAAUUGUGUCGGUAUAA